AUGUUACGAGAUAGAAUUGUGUGUGGUGUACACUCCGAGAAAGUAAAAGAGAGACUUCUCAGAGACAAUGAACUUACACUCAUCAAAGCAUUAAGCAUAUGUCGUGCAAAUGAAGAAUCACAAAGUAGGAUGAAAGACUUACAACAAGAAGAACAGAUCAGUGCUGUCAAGUGUGACAAAAACAGACAGUCGGUGAAACCGCCUACAGGAAAUAAACAUACAUUCCAGAAAACUACUGGAACCAGAAUAUCACAGUGUUUCUCUCCUGUUGAUGAAUAUUCAAGUGUGUUUUCUGGACUUGGAUGUUUGAAAGAAGACAAAAUCAAAUCUGUCAUACACAGUCCAAGGCAAAUACCAGCAGCAUUCCGUGAUGAACUGAAGAAAACCCUGGACAACAUGGAAUCAAAAGGAGUUAUUAAAAAAGUCGAUCAACCUACUGAUUGGGUGAAUUCUCUCGUCAUUGCAGAAAAAGUCAAAACGGGGAAACUUCGUGUGUGUUUAGAUCCCAGAGAUUUAAACAAAGCGAUCAAGCGGGAACAUUUUCAGUUACCUACUAUUGAAGAAAUUACAUCAAGACUGUCUGGAGCUACUGUGUUCAGUAAACUCGAUGCCAAUAGUGGAUACUGGCAAAUACCCCUCGAUGAAGCUAGUCAACUCCUCACUACGUUUCAUUCACCAUUUGGAAGAUAUUGUUUCUGUCGUAUGCCUUUUGGUAUCAAAAGUGCACAGGAAGUAUUCCAAAAGAGAAUUGCGCAACACUUUGACAAUAUUGAUGGUGUAGAAGUUGACAUUGAUGAUAUACUGAUAUGGGGAAGAAAUGAAGAGGAGCACAAUAGAAGACUCAGAGCAGUGUUACAACGAUGCCAAGAGAUCAACCUUACUCUAAAUAAGGACAAAUGUCUUUUCAAUCAAUCCGAAAUUCAAUACAUAGGACAUGUGAUUUCGAAAAAUGGAGUGAGACCUGAUCCUACGAAAAUAGAAGCCAUUCUUAAAAUGCCACCUCCAACUGACAAGAAAGGAGUCGAACGUCUUUUAGGAACUGUGAACUAUCUUGCCAAAUUUGUUCCUAAUAUGUCAGUGAUUAAUGAGCCUAUCAGAUCUUUACUCAGGAGUGAUGUGUUGUUUACAUGGGAAAAACCUCAACAGGAUGCAUUCGAAGCUAUCAAAGACAUUUUAUCUCGUGAACCAAUUCUGACUUUCUUCGAUGUUAAAAAACCAGUAUGUGUUAGUGUUGAUGCUUCAAAGUGUGGUUUAGGUGCUGUGAUCACUCAGGAUGAAAGACCAAUUGCAUAUGCAUCUAGAUCAUUGACAGAGACUGAGAAGCGAUAUGCACAAAUCGAAAAAGAACUGUUAGCUGUUACAUUUGGUUUAGAGAUUCCACCAAAAUAUGAUUUCAACUUCAAGUAUGUUCCAGGAAAACAGUUGAUCAUUGCUGAUACUCUAUCUCGGGCUCAUUUACCUCCGACAAAGCAACAAAAAGAAGAAAUUUGCGAGGAAAUGGAAACUUAUGUUCAUUCUGUGUUUAUACCAAGCAUUCCCAUGUCUAGAAACAUACUUCAAGACAUCAAAAAAGAAACCGCAAAUGAUGCUAUUCUAAUUGAAGCUAUUCGUCUUGUAAAAAGUGGUUGGCCUGAAAACAAAAAUCAGCUACGGAAACCAUUACAAGAGUACUGGAAGUUAAGAUCAGAACUUACAUGUGUAGACAGUUUGUUAUUGAUGAAUGAAAGAAUUGUUAUUCCAGACGUAUUACAACCCGAAAUUUUGAGAUAUCUACAUGUUAGUCAUCUUGGAAUAGAGAAGACUAAAGCUCGUGCAAGAACUGUUGUUUACUGGAUUGGUAUGAAUCGAGACAUAACCGACAUGAUUGCUAAAUGUCAUACAUGUACAGAUAUGAGAAACAAGAAUCCAAAAGAACCGUUAAAUCCGACGCCAGUACCAGAAGGUCCAUGGCAAGUGCUUGGUUCAGACUUGUUCACGUUGAAUAAUGAGGAUUAUUUGAUCGUUGUGGAUUAUUAUUCCAAGUUUUUUGAAGUAGUCAAGCUAGAGAACACUAGGAGCAAAACUGUGAUCACACAUAUGAAGUCCAUGUUUGCCCGUCAUGGCAUUCCUUAUGAAGUUCGAAGUGAUAAUGGUCCUCAAUAUACUUCGAAGGAAUUCAAAGAUUUCUCCAGAAGUUGGUGUUUCGAACACAAAACGUCGAGUCCAUAUAACCCACAAGGAAAUGGUCUUGCGGAGAAAACCGUUCAAACCGUGAAGAGAAUAUUAGAAAAAGCAAGGAUAGAUGGGAAGGAUCCAUAUAUCAGUUUACUAGAAUACCGGAACACGCCAACAGAUGUUGAAUCUCCAGCAAAACUACUCAUGAGCCGACAACUUAGAUCAAUAUUACCAAUAAUCAAAAAUCAACUGAAACCAAAAGUAGUACCAGAUGACAUUACCAGGCAGAAGAGGAAAAUUACCCAGAAUCGUCAGAAAACUUAUUUCGAUGUUGGAAGCCGAAAACUGUCAAGUUUGUUGCCAGGACAAAGAGUUAGAUUCAGACACAGAGGACAGUGGCAACCCGGAUAUGUCAGGGAUCAAGUCCAUACCAGAUCAUACAACUUACAAGAUCAGAAUGGAGAUCAAUUUAGAAGAAAUCGAAGAGACAUCAUACAGUCAAAAGAAACCAGUUUUAAAGAACCAAUCGUUGAACUUGAUGAUGAAGACGAAGAUACAGUGAGAGACAAAGAAACAAGUAAUUCAGAAGCUGGAAACCCGGACACUACAGAAAUCGAAGACGCAAGAAGUCCAGACAUUGUUCAGCAAGUGCAACCGUACAAAACGCGUCGUCCGAAAUAUCUUAGUGAAUAUGUGUGA